ACGAUGCCUGUGAUUGGUUGAAUGUAGGGCGACCAUUUUGUUUUGGUCUUCUUGUCAAAGGGAGAUGCUGUGUAAGAUGUGUAAAAUGGUCGUCGUAUAAUUCCCGUCUUCUAGUGUUUUUGUCUGAUGGGUACCGGUGCAUCUGUAUCAAUACCUGACGAAACCUUAGAAGAUCUGGAACGCUCCAGCGUAUUCAACUCAAAGGAAAUUCAGAAACUCUUGAAGCGCUUUUGUCGUUAUGAUCCUGACGUUACACAUGGAAUAACCCUAAAGGAUUUCUUAACAAUACCCGAAGUCUCCACGCAGCCAAUCAUGGUGAAGAUAGCCAGGUUCUUUCUGGACUCCGAGACCAGAUUAUUGACGUUCAGGGACUUUAUUGGGCUUCUCUCAGUCCUAAGCACACGUGAGACCUUGGACAAUAAGAAAGAAUUUGCAUUCAAGGUUCUAGACAUGGAUAGCAAUGGAAUCCUAACCCCUGAUGAGAUGUUCAGCUUUUAUCGCACCCUGCUUGGCCCCUCCCCAUCAGAUGACGAAGUGAUGCGUGUUGCCAUGGCUGCCAUGUCCCAUGGGGCUGACCACAGGGAACAACUCUCAUAUGACGAUUUCUGCCAGCUGAUCUCCGAUGAGGAGUUGAUGGCACUCUUCACAAUGGAGCUGCAACUUCCAAAAUAGUCAGUCAGUGACGGUUCUGAGAUUUCAAGCAGCAGAUGAAGGUCCUAUUUGGGCAAAGCCUCAGUUUCAAAACCAAGCAAUUACUUUGGGUCAGGUUUAUGGUCAAGCAAUGUAGAUAAUGGAAUGCAUUGCUAUGAAAUAGUAAUGUGAGGUGAAGCUAGGGGUGAGCAUAAGGGAUGUGUGCGUCCCAAGCAGUCUCUUUGCUUUUGUAUAAAAAUAAUAAUAAAAUAAUAAUAAUAGUUUCUUCGCAGUGUAUCCACUAGGUGGCUAUUCAUCUGCGAAGAAACUAUCCUAAGCUUAUUAAGUAACAAUAGAUAUAUAUAUAUACAAAUAUAUACAUUAUGUACAAAUAUAUACAUAGUUUAUAGCUGCGUGGUGCAAUUAUAAAUUUUAUAUUUAUGAA